GCGCUUAGUCCAGUCGCCAGGCCCAGUGCUCUGACUUUGCCAGACCAAGGCGCUCUGCGGGGACAUCUCACUCUUUUUGGGGAGUCCGGGACGCCUAGCCCGGCGUGGGGGGAAGCUCUGUUUGCUGGGGAGGGAGGAGCCUGGAACCGGAGCCAGCGCCACCCGUCGCCGGAUCAACAAGACAGGACAGGUUAAGGGGCGUCGGGGAAAGGGGGGGGUACUGUAGGUAGUCCUGGGGAGGAUGAGAAAGCCCUGACGCAGAACGCUCUGAUGUGCUCUGACUUGUAGGGGGCCUGUUCACAUUUGGAUAGCGUGGGUGCACUCCUCUUCAGGGGGCUUGUUGGAUUGGAGGGCGUGGGAUCUAAACAGCACCAGCUGUCCCCAGGAAAUUAAGGGGCAGCCAGAAAACAAAAACAAAAACAAAAAAACCCCGGAUGCUCCUUAUUUCGAGGUGACAGAGGGCCCUCUGGAAAACCACCUGGUGUACCCGCUAAGAAGGGUGGAUUUGGAGGUGACUUCAAAAGGAGUGGAGGGUAACAAGGUGAAGAAAGGGAAUCAGCAGCUGGAACUCUGUGCUAGUAGGAAUGGGGGUGACUUGGUGAAAAAAAGUAUUAUCCAGAAACAGAGUGGGAACCCCUUCUCACUGAAUGGGGACAGCCUAGAUAUUCUGAUAUAGUUUUUGGGUAUUUCAGUGAAAAAAAGUGGGGAUCUUCUUUACUUGGAGGGUGGCAAAGACAUCAAGGUUGGGUUCCUCCCUCACAUUGUCAGUGCCCCAGUUGGGGUGGGGUGAGCUAAGAUCCUCAAAGCUAAAGACCCACACCUUUUAGAUUACAAGAGUGGAUUUGGCUAGCAGUACAGAGGACCCAAAAUAGGGUGGAAAGGUGCCUGGGGGUAUUGGAAUCACAUCUUGGAAAUUUUGAGGGUCUUGGCUUUGGGAUAGGGGAAGUGGGGACAGGGAUACUGGAGAGCAAAGGAGGGGGCAGUUUUCAGUAGGGGAUAAAAGUCGAGGGUAGGGUUAAUUGAGAGGUACAUAGGCUGCUGGAUCUGGUGAAGCUAUCACGUGGGGGGCCCAAGGGUGGGAGCUGGCAGCUGGGGGUGGAGGGGCCCUGAGGUUUAUCCUCAGGUCCUGUGGGUGGGGCGCUGAGUAGGGAGAGAGCACCAAGAGCAUGCCGUGGUGAGCGGGCUUCUCUGGGGGAGCCCAGCGCGGUUCGAGCGCCUGCCGGUUUGGGGUUGUCUCCUACCGGGGGCGCCAUGGCGGCGCUGGCCAGUAGCCUGAUCCGGCAGAAGCGGGAGGUCCGCGAGCCUGGGGGCAGCCGGCCUGUGUCGGCGCAACGGCGCGUGUGUCCCCGCGGCACCAAGUCUCUUUGCCAGAAGCAGCUCCUCAUCCUGCUGUCCAAGGUGCGACUAUGCGGGGGGCGGCCCGCGCGGCCGAACCGCGGCCCGGAGCCUCAGCUCAAAGGCAUCGUCACCAAACUGUUCUGCCGCCAGGGUUUCUACCUCCAGGCAAAUCCUGAUGGCAGUAUCCAGGGCACCCCAGAGGACACCAGCUCUUUCACCCACUUCAAUCUGAUCCCCGUGGGGCUCCGUGUGGUCACCAUCCAGAGUGCCAAGCUGGGUCACUAUAUGGCCAUGAAUGCUGACGGGUUGCUCUACAGCUCGCCACAUUUCACAGCUGAGUGUCGCUUUAAGGAAUGUGUCUUUGAGAAUUACUAUGUCCUGUAUGCCUCUGCACUCUACCGUCAAUGCCGUUCUGGCCGGGCCUGGUACCUAGGAUUGGACAAGGAGGGCCGCGUCAUGAAGGGAAAUCGAGUCAAGAAGACCAAGGCAGCUGCCCAUUUUGUGCCCAAGCUCCUGGAGGUGGCCAUGUACCGGGAGCCUUCUCUCCACAGUGUCCCUGAGACUUCCCCUUCCAGUCACCCUGCCCCCUGAAACGAAAACCUUGGACUGGAGGCUUUUGCAUUUGCACUGAGCCAGCCACCACCACAGUCUGUCUUCCAGCCCUGCUCCUGGCCCUGCUCUCACCCUAGCUGCCAUACUCAUGCCCUGAGCAGCCAGGUUCCACCAGGUGCUCUAACAUGAGGAAGCCUAGGAACUGCUGAGACCCUUAGAUCCUUGGAUCCAGGAGGAAGCCAGAGAAGGAGAUGUCUGAAAAUGGGCCUGGUGGAUCACUUCUUUCCUUCCAUACUCACAUACCCCAAAGUCUUUUCCAGAGAUGGAGCUGGGGGUUCCCAAACUGACAGAACUGGGACACAAAUACUCUGCACCCCAGGCUCAGCCGGUUUCUGGAGCCCUUUGCCCUUUUCGUUGCCACUGAGCCAUAGAUUUAUAGGUCUACUGGAGCUCAGGAUUAGUUUCCUUCUUUCUCUACUCUACCUUCUGCCUUGUUCUGGAGGUUCUGGAACACCAGGCACCCUAGCCAGGGCCAUUUCUGUACAAAGACUAGAAUGCAGGCAUGCUGCUAGGCUCUGUUCUGGAUCCAUCAGGCUUCCUUAACUUAGAUGGACCCCUGGAUUCCAAGUAGAGAGAGCCUGGAUUUGAGCCCUGUCCAACUCUUGGCCUUGGCCUGAACUGGGACCAGUCUCAGAUUACCACAGGUUUAACUUAUUUUUAUCCCAGAGACACCCAGUUCUAGAGCAUGAUGUUCUAGACACAUAUGGAGCCAUACUCCCUUCUGAAUCUCAACUCUGGGACAUAGACCACAACUCUCAGCCCCUCUCUCCAGGAUGGAACUGGAGCUUAUAUAGCCAUAUUAUUGCUCUAGAGUAAGUUCUAGACCCACCCUCCCACCUUCUCUAGUGAUAUCUAUUAAGGAUGAGCUCUGGAAAGGACCUAGCUAUGAUUCAUAAAGAACUAAGUUCUGGAUGAAUCAAGAACUAUUUGUUUUUCCUAGAUAAUUUUCUAAAGAUCUUAUUCUUCCUAUAGAAUGCUUAUUUUUACAUGCAGUUUCUAGCUCCUGCAAUUCAGCUGGGGUCCUGCCAGGGAAACAAAGUCUGAAAAGGGACAGAGGAGUUUUAGAAGGAAUCCUUAGCUCAUGGUGGGGAAGCUGAAAUAAAGAAAGGGCCAAAACAA